ACAAUAAACAAACAAAAGCAAUUGCCGGUCGCUUUCCUUGAUUUCCGCGAGUCCAUGGCGAGUCAAAGAAAUCGAUCAACUGCCUGUUCUCUCUCUCUCAGUGACCGAAACUUGUUCUCGACGAACUCAAAUCAGAUCAGAUUCACAGUCCGGGCGCCUCGCAGAUCUCCUCAUUUUCACUCUCUGUGGUUACUGAUCCUUGUUGGCAGUAUGGAUUCUCUCAUUUCUAGCAGGGGGAAGAUUCAAUCCGUGCCGGAAUCAUAUAUUUUACCACCAGAGACACGACCCAGUGACCUAGUAACUCCUUUACUGAAGACCAUACCAGUGAUUGAUCUUGAAACACUGGGCCAUCAUCGCAAUGAAUUAAUUCAGCAUAUCAUCAAAGCUAGCCAAGACUAUGGAUUCUUUCAGUUGACAAACCACGGUGUCUCGGAGGAGUUAAUGAAUGACGUACUGACGAUGGGAGCUGAAUUUUUUAAUUUGCCUGAAAAGGACAAGGCAAGAUACUACUUUGAGAAAUCCCCGUUUCCUGAGGUUUGUAGGCUUAAAACAAGCAUUGAGUAUGGAGACGAGAAGGUCCAUUUUUGGAGAGAUAGUUUUCGGCACCCUUGCCACCCCCUGGAGGACUACAUUCAGCUUUGGCCUGAAAAUCCACCUCGGUACAGAGAGGUGGUUGGACGUUUUUCAGCUGAGGUGAGGAGGCUGUCUCUGCAGUUGUUGAAUUUAAUUUGUGAAGGAUUAGGUCUUGAACAGGGUUACUUUGAGGAAAGGCUUAGUCACCGUCAAGUUUUCUCUAUUAAUCACUAUCCCCCAUGCCCCGACCCAACCUCAGUCUUGGGAUUGCCUAAACAUGCCGAUCCUUACCUCAUCACCCUUCUUAACCAAGGCCAUCUACCUGGGCUUCAAGUCUUGAAAGACGGGGAAUGGCUGGGUGUUGAGCCCCUUCCCAAUGCAUUUGUGGUUAAUAUAAAUCACAUGUUACAGGUAAUCAGUAAUGGGAAGCUGAAGAGCGCUGAUCAUCGAGUUGUGACAAACUCAAAAGCUGCAAGAACAACAGUCGUUAGCUUCAUCCUUCCUUCUAGCGAUUGCGUAAUAGAGCCUGCAAAAUCACUGGUGAAUGAGCACAAUCCGGCGCUGUACAGAACUUUUAGAUUCGGAGAUUUUCUCGAAACUUAUGGCUUGGAUACUCGUGAAGGAAUUUGUAAAUUUUCUUCCCAUUUGAGGGAGGGCAAGACAUGCCAAUUUUCCAAAUAUGCAACCAUAUUAAAAUUGCACUCGUAGCUUCUGUCGUUUGUGUCAUUUGCAUGGAGACCCUCUUUUGUUAAAGGAUAUUGUAGUUUAAUUUUUU